CUUCUUUCCUCCCUCACCACAACACCAAAGGCUAUGCUCCCUGGACUCGCAGCCUACGGCGAUGACUCUGACACGGAGCCCACGACGAGAUCCAGCCCACCACAUCGGAAUGGACCAAUACAUGACACGGCCACACGCGCGCAGGUUAAGGGAGGCGGUGACGCGACACGCAAGCUCAAGUCGCAGCUCGUCAUAAAGCGCCCGCCGACGACACAUAAGGCCCACCCCAGGGCUAGCACCAGCGGCUCGCCCCAGAAGCCAGCUCCACCGUUGUCAACAUCAUCGACUCCCAGAAACACCCCCACUGCUGACGACAACCCCUCCAGCGAUACCAAGCCCAACACCGACGCAUCAUCCAGCUCGGUGUCCCGAUUUGACGAGCUGACACGUAUUCGCGAGCUGCUUCGACCCGCGCCAAUACCCGGCCUAGUGGAUUGGGGGAUCCCACCUGCGCCAGACGGACCGUGUGAUCCAGCGAUGGAGGCAAAGCUCGCCCAAUUCCAUGCGCUCAAACACGCUGACCCGCCAAAGCACUUCAACGACUCGCUCAUGGGGAGCCGUGCCUUUCGAAAUCCGCAUCUCUAUGCUAAGCUUGUCGAGUUCGUUGCCGCCGACGAACGUGCGACAAAUUUCCCGUCAGAGCUGUGGGACCUAGGCAAUAUCGGCGGGGAAGAAGGAUGGGAUGCGGAGAAGAUCGGCAUGUCGUUUUCCCGCCCUUUACUCUCAAUUGCUGAAUAUCCCACUCGCAGCGGAACACCUGGGAAGCGAACGCAAAUCCAGUUCACGAGUGGCAAGCCGUCGCAAACGGACAGGGAACGGUACCACCCCUACGCGCGAGAGAAGGACAAGGAACGGGAAGGGAAGACGCGCUGGGGCUAG